AUGUACAAACAAGUUGCCCGUCUUCAGGCUGUUGCAAGGUACUCUACAGAGCCCAAGGCUGCGCCACCCAGUUUUUUCCACAAUCAAAGUGUGAUUCCAUUGAAACACGGUGAAGCCGUCAAGGAGGCCACCGUGGCGCCAGACACCGUGGAGUCAGGGCCAAAGGCCAUGUCAUUGGCGGCACCGGCGGCACCGGCGGCACCAUUGAAGCCACCUACUGUGUUUGGUGGAACAAGCAAUGGACGGGAUAGUCAGGACUAUUUCAGCAGUUACAAGGAGUUUUGCAGAGGCAUGGCGUAUUUGGGAGUUGGGAUAGGGGUUGUAUAUUUUAUGUUUGACCAGCACGAGAGGUUGGAUGAGAGUGAGCGGCACAUGAAGGUGAUGCGGAAGAAGCAACGUGAGCUGGCUACGCAGAUGCAGACGUACAAGAGUAAGCUCAACAAGAUGGCUGUGGAGAAUGCCAAAAAGAACGUUCUAGUUCAGGGCAAGAUGCAGAUGCAUAUAGCGUUAUUACGACAACAGUUGGAGAAGGCUGGAAUGAAGCCUGUCUCUAUAGAGGAGGCUAUUGAUAAGUUCCAGGAGAGCGUGAAGGUUGAAGUUGUUGGGAAUGCUGUGUCGCUGUGGGUUCCCGGUGAGGACGACAUCAAGCGGUCCAUUCCGGAUCCACACGAGUACAAGAAGUGA